AUGCCAUCCACUACCGACUUGUUCCAAAGUCCGUUGCAGAAAGUGCUCCUGUCGAAGACAAACGAGUUGUUCUUACUGAGGAGGAGUUGGAGGAGCGGCACAAGUACGGAAUCUAUUAUGACGAUGACUAUGACUACAUGCAACACCUUAGGGACAUACGAGAAACGGGAACGUUGCAAACAUUACAAGAAGCCGCUGAACAAGAAGAAAGAUUUAUCGUGCGUGCCCCUGCGAAUGCCAUUACCGAUGCCGUCAGCUUUGUUCGGUGAAACGACUGCCACGUUGAAAAACGAUGAUGAUGACGUUUUUGAUGAGGAAUUAGAAAAAGCACUGGAGGGCAAUUUCGAAAAUGAAAUUGAAGGUGGUCUUGAGGACGAUUUUGUAGCGCUUGCUGGAGGAGUUGUUGAACCUCAGCAUAAGGCUCUUUAUCGCCCAAGGCAACAGGCUGUUCACUUCGACAGCGACGAAGGGGACGACGAAGAGUCUGAUUAUGAUGAAGAUCACAACUAUGACAAUGCCGAAGAAGAAAGAGAAGAAAAAUCCAGAUAUGAGGUGCAUCGCGAUGGACCUCGACGAGAACUUGAUGACCGUUUUGAUCGGUUGCUCGAAGCUGAUUACCACGAUGACCAAAUGGGUGAAUUAGAUGGAGAUGACUAUCUUGUCGGUGGUGCACUUGAACCAACUGAUGAACGCGUAAAAAGGAUGAUAAAAGAAAACCAUGUUGGACCCGUUGACGAUGAAGAAGCAUCAAAAGAAUGGACAAGACAGCGGUUGCGACUAAUCGAAGCAAAUGUUCUAAAGGAUGACGAAGUUAUGGAAAGUGUUGAGGUAGAUGAGUCAUCAUCUAAGCGGCUCAAGUGGGAUUGUGAAUCAUAUGCCACCCAGUUCUCGAAUAUUUACAAUCGUCCAACGCUCAUUCAAAAUCCAAAAAGCGGCAAACUGUCUCGACGCGCUCUCAAACGGCUGGAUCGUGAAACAAAGAAAGAGGACGAAAUGGAAGUGGAUGAUGAAGAGAUGCACAGUGAUGAUGACGAUACAGUGAGCCAUUGCACAGAAGCUUCUACGUACAGACCCAAAGGAGAAACGCCCGAGCAACGUCGACUUCGUAAGCAGGCUGUCAAAGAAGCUCGUCGUUUUCGGAGGCAAGAAAAGAAAGGGAACAAACAAGCCUUUGCGGAAGAGCAUAGAAAGAUCGCUAAACAGCAAGUCGGACAAGUUAAAACUAUUCCAAUUGUUUAG